AUGGAAGGCCUCAUUCGCAAUAGCACAGCCGGCCAGCUGCUGCGCUGGAUCACCAGGAAUAAAGUUCUACUGCACCCUGAGGAACGUCCGGAUUUCCAAUGCCCUCAUUGCUACGCCGACAAAGCCGCCUCCCCGACACUAUUCGCUCAUGAAGCAGAUGGCGAGCAGACCCCGAAGCCCGAAUCCGACCCGGAGGGUGAACAACGCGAAGAUGCGACAGACAAUGUCUCUCGAUCCGAAACUCGAGAUGGAGAAACAUUGGGCGCAUCCGAAUUGUCCCGCGUGCCUUCGAUGGCGGACGUGGAAAAGGUCCAGACCCAAUCGGACCUGGCACGUAUCUAUACGGCUGCCACACAGACAGAGACACUGCAGAAGGCUCCUAGCCGACCCAUCGCACCCACCAAAACAGCUGAUGGUACAAUCCUAGUCGACUGGUAUACUACGCGCGAUCCAGAGAAUCCCCAAAACUGGUCUAUCAGCAAGAAGUUAGCCGUUGUCUCCCAGAUCUAUCUCUACACCUUAGUCGUCUAUAUGGGCUCGUCCAUCUACACUCCCAGCGCACCUCAGAUUCAAGAACGCUUCGGGGUCUCCUCGACAGCCGCAUCGUUGGGCCUGGCUUUGUAUGUCCUUGGGUACGGCAUCGGCCCCAUGAUCUUCUCCCCACUUAGCGAGAUCCCCAGCGUCGGACGUAACCCGCCAUACAUCAUCACCUUUCUUCUCUUCAUCCUGUUCAGCAUUGCUGCUGCAGUCGUCAACACAUUCGGAGGUCUCCUCGUCCUCCGGUUUCUCCAGGGCUUCUUCGGCAGUCCAUGCCUCGCAACAGGCGGUGCCAGCAUCGGCGAUGUAUUCAGUCUCCUGAAGCUACCUUACGGUCUCUCCGCAUGGGCUGCCUUUGCCACUCUGGGUCCAGCCCUGGGACCCGUCAUCUCGGGCUUCAGUGUCCCCGUCGAGGGCUGGCGCUGGUCACUGUGGGAGACAGUCUGGAUGUCUUCCCCUAUCCUGGUUGUCAUGUUCUUCUUCCUCCCCGAAACCUUCCCGGACUCCAUCCUCCUCCAACGCGCACGACGCCUCCGUCGACUGACCGGCAACGACAAACUCCUCUCCCAGUCAGAAAUCAACCAGAAGAAGCUCACCUUCACCGCAGUGGCCAUGGAAGCACUCUACCGGCCCCUCCAGAUUGUGGUCCUCGACCCUGCCAUUCUCUUCGUCAACAUCUACACCAGUCUCAUCUAUGGCAUCUACUACUCGUUCUUUGAAGUCUUUCCCAUCGUCUACAUCGACAUGUACCACUUCAACCUCGGCCAAAUGGGUCUCGUCUUCCUCAGCAUUGCAGUGGCCCUCGCCAUAGCCGUCCCCGCCUACUUUAUCUACCUGAAUAAAGUCUUCGAGCCCGAGAUCCGAACCCGGGGUCUGCAGUCCCCCGAGCGACGCCUCAUCCCCGCCCUCUUCGCCUGUUUCCUGCCUCCGAUCGGGCUCUUCCUCUUCGGAUGGACCUCCCGCACCUCAGUGCACUGGAUUGUCUCAGUAAUUGGAAUCUUGAUCUAUACUAUUGGCAUCUACGUGGUCAUCCAGUGCAUCUUCAUCUACAUCCCCAUGACGUACCCACAGUACGCGGCGAGCCUGUUUGCAGGGAAUGAUCUCAUGCGGAGUGCGCUGGCUUGUGGUGCGGUGCUGUUUGCGCGUCCCCUGUAUGUGAAUCUGGGGGUCGGGCCUGGGAUUAGUCUGCUGGCGGGGUUGACGGUGGGUUGUAUUGCGGGGAUGUUUGCGCUGUAUCGCUUCGGGGCGGCGUUGAGGGCGAGGAGUAGGUUUACGGCGAAGUAG